AUGACUGAGCAAAGGGAACAAGUGAAAACAAGAAAUAGAGGUAGAAGUGAGCCUCCCAAAAUGUUUAGACCAACUGGUGUUGUUUUUGGAAUUGAUAAACCUAUGCCAGUAUCAGAAAGAGGAAAAUAUGAAUCUGGAAAAAAUGUUGAUCAACAGAAUCUGGAAAAAAAUGAUGAUGACUCGGAAAAUAGGGUCAAAGAGGAUCAGGGGAUACAAAAGAAAAAGGCCAAAGGGAAAGGGUCUAAUGAUAAGACAAACAGCCCUCAGGAAUCACAGACUUUCAUGAUUAAUGAUGACAAAGAAUUAGAAGUGAUCCUAUUUGAAGAAGGAUGGGAACCUGCUAUUAGCAAAAAGAAACAAAGGAGCAGAAGUAAUAAAUCCAAAGAAAAAAGACAACCAAGUGAACAAAAGGGGAAGAAACAAGAGAUGACUAUUACACAAAACAGCUUUGAUGAACUGUUGCAAGAUGAAGACAAUGUGAAUUUAAUUGUGGAUGUCAUUGCUGAGACUUCAAAAAGAGACCAACAGAAUGAAGAAAUCAAGAAAGGUCAAGAGAAGGUAGAUGAAUGGGCAGAGACAUCUUCUAUUGAAGAAGAAAAUACAUCUAAAGAUGAGGAUGAAGAGGACAGCCUCUCAGAAGAAGGAGAAGACAGUGAUUCAGAGGAAUCUGAAGAAGAGGAGAAAGAACAAACAGAGGAGAAUCUGAAGGACACUAGUAAGGAGAAAGCUAGCAAUGAAAAAGAAAAUCCAGAAGGGGCUAGAACAGGAGAAAGAAAAAAAAGAAAGUGGAAAAACAAGCGAGAAUAA